CAAAUUAUGGUAAAAGAGAUGUGCAGUAACCAUCGAGCUCGAUCCCUUGAAUCCAACCUCCUAAUCAAAACCAACGCAGACGGAGAUCGCGGGCAGGUUUUUGAUAUCUGGCGGGUGGGUGCGAUCAGGCUUUCCAGUACCUGAGAGGGUCCAGCGUUGACGUCGGAAUUCCAGGACUCGCUCGCUCGCCGGCGGCGGUUGCUGAACUGAACAAGCCUCUCGCCGCCCCAUCCAUCUCCCAGAUCUGGAUCUUGGUCUUCCUUCGCUUCUUUUCUUGGCGUGUUGCUCUUGGCCAAAUUUGUGAACAUAACUGCCGUUCACUUUCCUGGUUGAUGGAAUUGAAUGAGGCGGGACAAGUAUAACCCCCAUCGUUUCAUCUGCUACUGAACUUUCUGGCCUUCUCUUCAAAUCAAUUGGGCGGCGCUCUCUGUCCUUGGGCAUGGAAGGCCAGGCACUGUAAUACAAGGAAGAGGAGGAGCUUUCCGCGAAGAUGUCUGACCAAGGAGACGCUGCGCCGCAUAACGAUGAGACCUCGGUUUCGGAGGAGCAGUUUGGUGGAACCAAGGAUCGUCGAGAUUCGAACGAAGGGCUAGAUGCCCAUUGCGGCAGCAAUUCGGAUGAAGCCGUUGCGGAAGCAAUUGAUUCGAUUCAAUCUGCUGCUUCUUCUAGUGAUGGUGGUGCUGUUGGUGGUGGAAAUGAAGGUGGCUUUAGGAAUGGAUCUGCUUCUGGCACUUCAGGCAUCGGAGGUAAUUUGGGCGUUGGGCAUGGAGGCACGGGAGAAGAAAUCGAUGGCCGCGAAGAGCACCCCAUCCCGCCGGCGCCUCUUGAAGAACAACAUUCCCAUGUGGAUGAUGUCGGUCGUUCUGUUACAUUGGAUGGAGGCGCAGAUGAGUGCCCGGCGGAUGACGCUAGCAAAGAAGAAGCGUUCGUCGACGCCCCAGAUCGUGCUACUCGUUCUCCUCCUUCGAGUGUGAGGAUGGAUGAAGGACCGACGGACGAUGCCGCCAAAGAAGAAGCCUUCGUGGAUGCACCGGAUCAAUUGGUACCGGCCGAAGGAAGGAACUAUCAUUUUGAGGAGACGACUGAGGUCGUAGAUCAUUCUGUGGUCCAAUUGAAUGAUCGUGUGGAUCAGAGUGGUAAUUGUGAUGGUGGAACUAAGGAUGGAUUGUUGGCGAUGGAGAUGGAGCAGCAGAUGCAGGAGAUGAGGGAUCAAUUGAAUAAAACGCAAAACGAACUCGAGCAGGCGAUCGCGGCGAGGGAGCAGAUGAAGCAGGAGCUCGUAGAAUAUAAGACCUCAUUGAGCUUGUCUGGUCAAUCAUGGCAGGAAGAAAGGGAAAGGUUCCUGAAAGAACUUGCAAAGCUCCAUAAUCAGCUGGAAAUGCUGAGCAAGCAGCAUCUUGCUCUCCAUGAGGACGAUAAUGAACUGGUGAAUCGGCUUCGUGACGCAGAAGAAGGAGGCGGACCACCGCCGGCCUUCAUUUCCGAUAUGCAAGUGAACCAGACAUUUGAAGACUGCUCGAAGAUUAUCGACCAUGCUGAGCAUGCUUUGAGCGAAAGAUUGCAAUCAGAGAGCACGAUACGGGAGCUUCAUGCUGUUCUGUUUGCUAAAGACCAUGAAGUCGAAGAUCUCAGUACGAAACUGAAUGAAUUGUACAGUAAGCAAAGCGAAGUGGAGGAAUCCAAGUGCCAGCUUAUUCAUCUCGAGAAGAAGUGCGAAGAGCUCAGAGAACAAGUAAUGAAAGAAUCGAUGGCGCGCGACGUUGCAAUGUUAUAUAUGGGUACCAUACAGCAGGACUUGGCUGAGCAAGAAGCUUCUGCAAGAGCUGUGGCCGAUGCUCGCGUCGACUGGGAACCGUAUCUUGAUGAACUCUCGAAUGGGUUGUUAUCUCCUCUCGCCAAAAUAACUGGUAGUGAAUUUUCGCCUUUUAUUUCUGUUGCAGAGAAGGUGGCUCUUCUUCAGAGAGAUGCCAUGACUCUUAUUCAGAAACAUGAACAGCUCCUUUACGUUGUUGAGGAUCUUGGAAUGUGUUUGAUUGAAAUUGAUCCGGAAAUCACGAUGCCGCAUGAGCAAGACACAACUUUGAUUGUCAACCUGGCACAUAAACAACUCCUCAGGUUCAGAACAAAAGAAUCUGAGCUCAAUGAAGCAGUUGCUGACAGAGCUGCGCUUGAAGAAGAAAAGAAGAAGGUGCUUGAGCAGUUGGACAAAACUAAAGAAGACCUAGAAGCCUUGAGCGUGGAAAGAGCCAAGGCUCAGUCUGACCUUGAGCAGUCGGAGAAGAAGGUGCAGUCUCUAAAAGAAAAGCUCAGCAUGGCAGUGUCCAAAGGUAAAUCAUUGGUUCAACAGCGCGAUUCGCUGAAGCAGACAUUAAUGGAAAAGUCAACUGAACUGGAAAAGUGCUUGUCUGAGAUACGAGAGAAAUCUGAUGCACUAGAGAGGGCAGAAACAGCACAUAAGGAGAAUGCUGCUAUGAUGGAAAAAGAGCUGGCUGAAAGUCAGUAUUUAGUGAAAUCCCUUCAGGAAUCCUUGUCAAUAAAGGCUUCUUUUCUUCAGAAGAGUGAACAAAUCUUGUCUCAAGUUGGUAUAGCUGAGGAGGUUCAAUCUGAGGACAUCACGGCUAAGGUACAAUGGCUUGCCAACCAGAAAGGUGUUUUGGAGGAUCUCUUGUCGGAAAAGGAUAGCAUUUUUGAGAAAUUGAAGAGUGCAUUGGUGGACUUUGACAUGCCCCAAUCUGCAUCAUCCGUGGAACUCGUAUCUCAGGUUGACUGGCUUGGGAGAUCACUGUUGGAGGCUAGAGAGGAGAUUCAGCAAUUCCAAAAAAGGAUGGAUGAAAACCAUUCAGCUGUGGAGAGAUACAAAUCUGAGUUGCUUGAAGUUCAAAAGGAGGUUGAAGACCUCUAUGCAAGUCUUUUGGCAGAAAAGAACGUGAAGGAUCUGGUUCAGCAGGAACUUGAUAGCCUUGUACAUACGAACAAAGAAAUUAGUGAAAAGGCUGGUGUUUUGAUGUCUGAGAAAGAUGAAAUGGUCAGAAGAUUACUCGAGGUUGCUGGUGAGGUGGUGACUCAUGAACAGCUCUCUGAGCAGUUGUCAGAUUCAGUUAUACUUCUUGAAAGAUGCUUUGAUAAGAUUAAAGAGAGAAUGCACAGUUCUUCCUCUGUGAAUGAUGAGUUGCAGAGAUUGCAAAGCUCGUUAAGCACUAAGGAGGAAGAUUUGAAUGGAUACAAAAGGAUGUUGGAUGAGUCCCGUGGAAAGGAAGAGCAACAUUUGUCAGAAAUUACCAAUCUAAAAGGUGAAGCUGAAAAACUGGCACAAGAGGUAGCGACUCUGGGAAAUGAGAAAGAUUUGUUGCAGAAAGAUAUCAAGUUGUUUGAAAGUAAAGUUCAAGACCUUGAAGGAUGCAAGAAGAUGAUGGAGGAGGUAUCUUCCAAAAAUAUGCUUCAGAUGGGCAAUCUCUCGGAAGAAUUGAAGCAGCUGGCAGAAGAAAUGGCAGCUAUAAAGAACGAGAGAGACAUGCUGCAGAAAGAACUAAAUAAGUCUGAGGAAAAGUCAUCACUGCUGAGGGAAAAACUAUCUAUGGCUGUCAAAAAAGGCAAGGGGCUGGUUCAAGAAAAGGAAAACUGGAAGCUGUCGAUUGAUGGAAAGAAUGCAGAAAUUGAGAAGCUCAAAUCGGAGGUGCAGCUUCUUGAAUCUGCAAUCCAUGAAUAUAAAGUUCAGAUAAGUAAUCUAUCAGGUGACUUAACACGCAUCCCAGAUCUUGAGUCGGACCUUGUUGAAAUAAAAAAUCAGAAAGUUCAAGUUGAAGGCUUUUUAGUUGAGAGCAAUCAUAAACUCCAAAGGGUUAUGGACUCUCUAGAAAGCAUCUCUCUUCCUGCUGAUUUUUCGUCUGAUAAUCCUCUGGACAGGGUAAAAUUCAUAGUGCAGUGCUUUCAUGAGUCGCAUAUCCAAAAGGAGAGUGCAACUGAAGAGCUGCAGAGGGCAAGGGAGGAAGUUAAAUUGCAGGCUCUCAAGCUAGUGGAUGCUCAUGCAGCUAUCGAGUCUCUGGAAGAUGCAUUGUCAAAGGCAGAGACAAAUCUUUCUUCACUUCAUGAGGAAAAGGAAAAAGCUGAAUUAGCAAAUGAAAAAAUAGUUGGUGACCUGCAGACCAAGUUGUCCGCCUGUAUGGAACAGUUAGCUGAAACCCAAUCUAGAUUAGAGAAACAGACCUUGGAAAUAGAUGAUACACUCAAGUAUCUUGAGGACAUUAAGAUCAACUCGAAAAGGGUGAUACAACUUUUAACAAAAAGGUCUUCAGAAAUUUUUGAUGGGUUGAGGGCAAUGGAUUGCUUGCUUCAAGAAAUAGUGAGUCACAUCAGCCAGAUGAAGGAUGCAGAGUUAUUGGAUGAAAAAGACGUGACACUACGAAGUUUUGAAAGUGGUGAAGAGAAUUCUUCAAUUAAGCAGAUUGCUUCAGGCAUAAACUGCGAUCACCAUUUAAAUGACAAGACUUCAGUACAUGAGAUGGGAAUGGGGGAGUCCAAUGUCAUGGAUGAAAUCAGUUUUGAGUCUUCGCAAUUUGAUGUGAAACUUCUCAGUGAUAAAUUUGACAGUUUCUCAACAUCUUUAGAUCAACAAAUUGGCUAUCUGAUACAGCUGCUAGAGAAAAUAAAAGAUAAAGUGGUGAGCUUGUUAGAUUCUAAGGAGUACCUGAGAGUAAAGACAAAUGAUCUUGAGGCCUAUAAGAAAGAAACUCAAAGCACUGUGUCAGUCUUGCAGAAAAAUAUUGAUAUUUUACUUUCCGCAUGCACUGAAGCAUCACAUGAGCUCAGAAAUAUAGAAGAGCAUGAUGUACUAGAUAUUAAGUCUACGGUCCAGUUAACAAGUCCAGAUGGUGGCAUGUUCUCCCUGUUGGCAAAACCUAACAACGAUGAAGAACCAAAUCAAAGAGAAUGUCUAUCUUCUGAUGAUUGUGUCAAAGUAGCUGAGAGUUUGCUGUUGUCUGUGAGAGAUGUUAGACAUAAAUUCCAGCAUCUUCAGGAUGUUGAUGAGAGAAGAUGCAAGGAAACAGAGGGGAUGCAAAAUAAAAUUUUAGACGUUGAACAAGCUCUGGAAAGUGCAUUGCAAGAGAGAAAUUUAAGUCGAAAUGAAAUUUCCAAAUUGGAGGAAGUUCUAGAAGCACUUCAGGAUAAAUCAAGAGAGGUUGGACAGGCGCUGGAUGGUGCACUGCAAGAAAAAAACCUAAGUGAAACAAAAAUUUCCAUGUUAGAGGAUGAUAACAAAGAGCUGCAAAAUAAAUUAAUGGAGGUUCAACAUGCCCUGGAUGGUGCAUUACAGGAGAGAAACACAAGUCAAGCAAAAAUUUGUCAAAUGGAGGAUGAUCUAGAGAAAUUGCAAAUCUCCUGUCAGAAAUCGGCCAAUAAGGUGGCGGAUUAUCAGAAGAUAGAGAAUUCACUAAGGGAAAAAGAAGUGGAACUCUCAUCUUUGUACCAAACUUCUGUUAAAGAUCAAGCUUAUAUGCAAUCUGAAGCUCAAAUAGCAGCUCUCUGUGAGAAAGUUCAGCAGCUUGACAUCGAUUACCCAAAGACAUUAGAAAGCUCAAUGUCUCAAAGUCCCAUGGAUAAGAUCUUCUACCUACUUGAUUAUUUUCCGAAACUACAGAAAAUGGUCAGUACUUGCAUCAAUGAAGAGAAGGAGCUCAAGGCAGUCCUGGCAGCUCAGAAUCAUGACCUUGCACACCUGAAGCAGGAAUAUGAGCAACUCAUCUCCAAUAAUGAGGAUAUGGCAAGGAAGACAAGUGACUUAACAGACUUAAUGUCAGGUAUGGAGAAAAUAAUUCAAAAGUUGGGGGGAAAUGACAUAUUGCUUGAUAAGAAGCAAGCAGGCGCAAAGUCAUUGUUGCAGAUUUUGGAAGGCAUGAUAAGAACAUUAAUAGUAGAUAAUGACAACUCAAAGAUAACAAGCCAGGAGAUGGAUGCUAAACUGCAGAGCUUAGAAAUGAAAAUAGAUGAUCUUUCAGCAAAGAAUAAAUUGCUUGAGGCUUCACGUUUGCCUCAUGAGGCUCCAGCAUAUGUUAUCCAAGAGAGAAGUGGGUUUGAAGCAUCAACAUCAGCAAAUGGUUCAGAGAUAUCUGAAAUUGAAGUCAAGGGGCCACAGAUCAAGAGUUCAAUUCCUAGCACCUCUCCUGCUGCACAUGUGAGAACAAUGUAUAAGGGAUCAAGUGAACAUCUUGCUUUGAAUAUUGAUACAGAAUCAGAUCGUCUAGUAAACCACCUUGAAGAUGAUGAUAAAGGUCAUGUUUUUAAAUCUCUCAACACAACUGGUCUUAUUCCAAAGCAAGCCAAGUUGGUAGCUGACCGCAUUGAUGGUAUCUGGGUUUCUGGUGGGCGCAUUUUGAUGAGGCGACCUGGAGCCAGGAUAAGCCUCAUAACUUACUGGAUUCUCGUGCAUGUAUGGGUAUUAGCUACCAUAUUCUGAAAAUUUCUAUCAUUUCUUCUUAAUUCUGUCAAAUGUAUCAUAAUUGUAGGCCUGAUUAUUCUUUUAUUGCAUGUAAAGAUUCUACAGUUUGUUUGAAAGAAGUGUCCUGAUAUUCA